AUGAAUGUGUUUCCUCAGGAGCAAAGAAUAUUGAAAACAGUUAGUAGAGAAAAAUUGCAUCUAAUGAACCCUGAGCUCCUCCUCUUCAGAGCACCUCCCCUUCCGUUCCUCAGCAACAAGGACGCGCAGGGGUACUCGCAGCGCAGAGGAAAGGGCAUCAGGAGGCGGUGCGCAGGCCUCACAAUGGCCCCCAAGCGAGGAAAGAAGGAGCAGCCAGCCAGGGAGGAGCCCCCAGUCACAAGGGAUGUUGCUGAGGAUGUUGGGCCCACCCAGGAAGCUGCAUUGCUGCUGCAAGACUAUGAGCGCAUCUGCCAAGAACUGGAGAACAUGAAAGUGCAGCGGGCACAACUGCAAGAACAGAAUGACUUUCUGCAGCAGGAGGCUCAGUGCCUUCGGUCCGAGAGUCUGGAAUUCAUGGGCUAUCUGGCCAAGCGAGCCCAGAGGCGCAAGGAUGCUGUGGUCUCCCUGAGUGAGGAGAACCGGCAGAUGCUAAGAGAGAUCCAGCAGCAACAUCAGGAGGUACUUGCCCACUUCCAGGAGCAGCAGGCCACUCUGCGGCAACAGCUGCUGCAUAAAGAAGCAGAACUUGCCCGACUCGGCUCAGAACUGGAGGGGUUGGGGGAGAUCCGGGCCCUGCAGCAGGAGCAGGUGGCCCGUAUUCAGGAACUUCAACGAGAGCUGGCAGCUGCCAGGAAGCAGCAGGUGGAGCGCCUCCAGGAAACAAAGGCCCACUUCUUGCGGCAGAAGGCGGCCUAUGAGAAAGAGGCACGGCAGCAAGUGGAGCGCUUGGCCCAGCAGGCACAAGAGGUGGCAACGCAGUGCCAGCAGGAACACGGCGAGGCAGUGAAACGGCAGAAUCAGGAACUGCGGCAGGAGCUGCAACAGUUGGUUCGAAGGGCAAAUGAGCUGCGAAAGCACAAGCACCGGCUUGAGGAGCAAGCCCAGCGACUGCGGCAGGAACACUGCUGCCUGCAAGAGAUGGCCCUUUUGCGCCACGGCUGUGGGCGCCAGGAAGAUAUCCCAUCAAGAGGCAAUGCAACAGGAAAGCGAGGUGAAAACCAUUAAGGCAGCAGCGGGGGGGGCAGAAAAGUCUGCUCUGGAAAGUGCGUCACUUGUGAAGGCUACAAAAAAGGAGUUGAAGUUGGUGGAGAACCAACUGAUCGGGCUACAAGUGGAACGAACGCAGACAAUUUUGCGUCUCCAAAACGUGAAAGAGGAGGAAAAUGAGGAUCUGUGGGAUUUGGUCUCGGAACUACUGGCGACACCCGCGAGGACGACUAAAGAAGAGGUUAAAAGCGC